CGAAAGAAAGCGCAAGUGAAACGUUUAGUCGUAAAUUAGCAGUGAAACAGCGGCCUCAGACUAUUUUGUGAUUCUGGUGAUCACUCAAAUCUUCGGUACUAAUCAACGCAUUUGGAAUUCAGUCAUGGACCUGGACACACAGAUCAAAGACCUCGAGAGUGACCUGACGGAAGUCUUACGAUUGUUGGACAGUUCGGAAAGAAAGCGGGUGCAGAAUGUGAUCAAACAGGAACAACAGAAGAUUGAAAAGGAGCUCACGCAAAAACGACAGCUAAAAGAAAAGCAGUCCAAACGAGACUCAACAGAUACAACUGUGAAGGGAUACACUGUAAAGAUCAAUAAUUACGGGUGGGACCAGUCGGAGAAAUUUGUGAAAAUUUACAUUACGCUAAAGGGAGUGCAUAAGAUUCCAGCAGAAAAUGUGGAGGUCACCUUCACAGAAAAGUCUUUCGAUCUUCUUGUUAAGGACCUAGAUGGGAAAAACCAUCAAAUGAUUCUCAAAAAUCUUUUAUGCCCUAUUGAGGUCCAGGAAAGCAGUCGAAAGGUGAAAACAGACAUGGUCCUCCUCAUGUGCAAGAAGACGGCAGCAAAGAAAUGGGACUGUCUAACGCAGGUGGAAAAGAACUCAAAAGAGAAAGACAAACCCAACGUUGAUCCCAACGAAAACGCUGAUCCAAGCGACGGCCUUAUGACCAUGCUGAAGAAGAUCUACACAGAAGGGGACGAUGAAAUGAAACGCACCAUUACCAAGGCCUGGACUGAAUCCCAGGACAAGAAGACCAAAGGAGAUGAAAUGGACAUUUGAGUCUGCCUCUCAUUGUGCCCCCCACCCCCACACAUUCAUUCAUUCCUGCACUUGGAUUCAGGACCAUGCUGUCAGAUCAGUGAUUCCAGGUUCCAUGUUCCAUUCCUGUUUUUUUUUUCCUUUUCAGAAUCACUUAAACUUAAUGAAAUCAUAUUGUGAUCGUGUGUGGUCCCUUUUUCUCCAUAUUCCUCCAGUGUGGUUUGCACGUGUUUUUCAUUGUUGAUUAUGGUCAUAGAUUUGACAACAUGCCACAGUUUCUAAUUGAAAUUGAUGUGAUGAAUAAAAUGUCUCAAAUGUGUCUGUAUCUGUAUCCUGUGUGUAAAUUUGUGCCUGCAUUGGGGAUUUCCUAAUUUGACUUGCUGUCUUGUGCUGUAUUACUAGCUUAACCAUUUUUACGACCUCAUAUUAUUUAACAUCUCGUCUUGUGUGUUAAAUCUUACAACCACCAGGGGGCUCCAUACUCUGUCGGAAUCGAGGGAAAUUGACCAAGCUGAGUUUUAGGCUGUAACCUACACCAUGAUCAGUGCAUGAUUGUUUACAUGACAACCAAAAUUUGUCAUUGUAAUAUAUCAAAAUUGAAACGUCAUUAUAUUAAUAAAAUCAUCUGGAAAGAAAA